GAUCGCGUCAAUUGCUGCAGCGGAGCCAGUACGUGCAAAAUAGUAGCUCAUCGCUGGCAAAUCCGUGAUGACGACGAUGGACGCCAGUGCUUCGUUUUUCACGGCGCUACCGAAUGACCUGCUGCAGCGGGUGCUCGUGGGCCUACCCUUUGACGACCACCACGCCGCCACUGGCGCGUGCCAAGCCUUCCGCGGCGUCAUCACUGGCUCGCGUUUUCCCGCGCUACGCCAAAAGUACGGCUUCGCCGAGCGCGGCAUCGUCACGGUCAGGCCCGCCGACAGAGGGCGCCAAUACGACGUGACCUCUCGCCUGCAAAUUGUAAUGGCGCACAAAAAUGAAAUUGUGGCAAGCAUUCCACAAAAUGAAAUUCUGAUCUCUGGCGGCUCGACGACUGACGGCGGUAGCCGGCUGUUUGUCAGCACCAAAACACCGCCGUGGGACGCCACUCCCAAUGAAGUUUUGACGGUGGAUGUCUCGUCACGCCGAUGGAAACGUUUCGCAACCCUGCCGCAGAAACUAAUUGGCCACAGCAUCGAGUGGCACGGCGGGCUCCUGUACGUCGCGGGUGGUUGUCGAGACGAUGGGCCAUCCUAUAUACUUAACUCUUUCAGCGCAUUCAACGAAACAACUGGUUUGUGGGAAGCGUUACCUCCAAUGCCAAUUAAAACCCUGUGGGCGGCGUCGGGCAUUAUUGGCAACCAGUUGUUCAUCGCGGGUGGUCGCAAUGGGUUAAAGGCACUGCAGAUUUAUGACAUCCCUAGCAGGACGUGGCGAUUGGGUCCAUGGAUCCCAAACUCGUACUCACGUUCCGCACAAUAUGGUGGUUUUGUUGUUGAUGGGAAGUUGUGCUUGAUGAAUGUGCGUGGUAGCCCCAUACUGGUCUACGACCCCCAGGCCAACACGUGGACCGAGGAGGCACCGCGCUCAUUUACAAUUCGUCUCGCAUGCGUCCACGACGGCCGGCUUAUCGUCUACCGAGAGAACUCAAUCGUGAUCGCGCGAGCCAACGACGGCUCUUGGUUCCCCUACGCACACGUCGAGCCCCAGAGACAUUGGUCUUACACAUCUGUCUCCCGCUCUAUCCUCCUCGGCUAACUAAUCGGGCGACCCAUAUGUACCCUGUAGACUUCAUAAGAGAGA